AUGACAUCGGGUCUAUCUGAUGAAUUAGGUUCAUUAAAAGUUACUGAUGAUCGCUCUCGUGUGUCAACGAAUUCAACUGCUCGCCGUAAUUAUGCAACUGGUCACAAUCAACGACAUAAUUUACAUUCAAAACGAGCUGCAACAAUUGAUCACGAUAAUCAGGAAGAAAAACUUCGAAUUGUUGUAUUGGGCGCUACGAAAGUUGGUAAAACAUGUUUAUGUCAACAAUUUUUACAAGAAAAAUUCGUAACCGAUCAUAAAGAAACCGUAGAUGAAAUGUAUAGCGUAGACAUUGCAAUUGCUGAUCGGCAUAUAGUACUGGAAAUAUUAGAUACAGCGGGUAUUGAUGAAUUUCCUGUUAUGAGACGUCUUGCUAUUACACGCGGCGAUGCGUUUCUUAUAGUUUAUGCUGUUAAUGACAUGUAUUCAUUUACUAUUGCACAAAAGAUGCAUGAACUUGUUCUUGAAGUUAAACCUGAUUUAGCAUCGGCAACUGCAAAGCCAAUGGUUAUUAUUGGAAAUAAAUGUGAUAUUGAUAUUAGUCAACGAGAAGUAACUCUAGACCAUGCUAACACUAUUGUACGUGAUCAAUGGGCAUUAGAUCAUAUUGAAACAACAUGCCAUGAACGUGAAUCUGUACUUAAUGCAUUUCAUCGUCUUCUGCAUUUGUCUAAUAUUAAUAUAACGAAUAGUUCUGAUAUAACACGUCGUUUAUCGGAUCCGAAUGUAUCGGCUCAUAAAGAACAACGAACGAAUAGCAAACGACAAAGCUGCGCACAACAAUAA